AUGGGAAAUAUUUGUUUUAAAGAAGAAUUUGUUUAAAAUGAUUUUGUUAAACUAAAAUUUGAUGAAGAUGAUCUCUAAGCAACAUCUAUCUAAAUAGAAGGCAGAGAAGCAAAGUAAAAGGUCAAAUUAUCCGAUUUUAAGAAAUUAAAACCGCUUGGGUAGGGAGCCUAUGGAAAAGUUAUGUUAGUUGAAUAUUAUAAAAAUGGAAUACAGAAGUUAUAUGCGAUGAAGAUAUUAGAAAAAAAGAAUAUUAAGAAGGAAUCUUAAAUUAGGCAUGUAUUUGAUGAAAGAAAAAUAUUAGAGAAGACAGAUUCAAAUUUUGUUGUGAAACUAAGGUAUGCAUUUUAAAAUCAUGCUCGUCUCUAUUUUAUUGUUGAUUAUAUGGCAGGAGGAGAUUUUUAUUAUCAUAUUAAAUCGUAGCCGAGCGUUCCUGAUCACUUCAUAAAAUUUUAUUCAGCAGAAAUAAUAUUUGGAUUAUAACACUUACAUUCUUUGAAUGUAAUAUAUAGGGAUCUUAAACCGGAAAAUAUUCUUGUAAGUGAAUCUAGACAUAUCAAAUUAUCUGAUUUUGGUCUGUCUAAAAUUCUUGAAAAUGAUAAUGAAAAGGCUAAGACUUGCUGUGGAACAAUAGAUUAUUUGGCUCCAGAAGUUUUAGUAAAUGAUGGAUAUACUUUUACUUGUGAUUUUUACAGUCUUGGAUGUCUAAUUUAUGAGAUGUACUUUGGAAAACCUCCUUUUUACAGUAAAGAUAAAAAAUAAAUGAUGGAGAAUAGAAUUAUCAGAUUAGUACCUUUUUUAGAAUUGUGCUCUAAAGAAGCAAGAGAUUUGCUUACAAAACUUCUCGAAGUUGAUCCAAAGAAGAGAUUAGGAAGAAAGGGGGCUCAGCAGAUUUUAGAUCAUGCAUUUUUUAAGGAAUUAGAUAUAAAAAAGAUGAAGGAUUUAUAAAUUGAGCCACCUAUUACACUUAUUUAAUCAAAUAAGGUAGAUUAAAAAAUUUUUAAGGAAAAAAUACCAAAGACUUAAUCGAAAAAAGAAAAUCUUAAAAUUUUUGAAGGAUUUACUUAUUUCCAGAAGGAAAGUUAAGAUAAUUGA